AUGUCAUCUGUGGAAGCUGNACAACAGACUAUCACGGAGGAUGGGACUCUACGUAUCACCAACAUCUCCAAAUCUGACGGAGGCAGGUACACAUGCUUGGCCAAAAACCUCUUUGGAACAUCCAGCAGCACAGGAACGCUGGUGGUAAAAGAUCCAACAAAGAUUAUAGUCCCACCCUUGAGUUUGGAUGCCAGCGUUGGACAGAGCCUCGUGCUGCCAUGCGAGGUCUCCAGUGACUCGUCCCUGAGUCCCAUCUUCAAGUGGUUUUUCAACGGGAAAGCAAUAGAUUUCAACAGGCAGGAGCACUUUGAGAUGAUAGGAGGGGGAUUUGCAGGUGACCUGAUGGUGAGGAACAUUCAGCUAAAGCAUUCUGGGAAGUACGUGUGUAUGGUGCACACUGAAGUUGACACUGUCUCAGCAGCAGCAGACUUAAUUGUCAGAGGACCCCCUGGUGCCCCGGAGAGCCUGGUGGUGACGGACAUCACCGACACCACUGUGCAGCUGUCCUGGGGCUCGGGACCUGACAACCACAGUCCUGUCACCAGGUACAUGGUGCAGGCCAGGACCCCCUUCUCCAUAGGCUGGCAGACAGUGAGAACAGUUCCUGAUUCUGUGCCUGGACAGAUGAUGCGUGCAACAGUGAGAGAUUUGAACCCCUGGGUGGAUUAUGAAUUCAGGGUGGUUGCAAUCAACAGUGUUGGUGUUGGAGAACCCAGCACGCCUUCAAAACAGACCCGAACCAAAGCAGCAGUUCCUAAGGUUGCACCAGUUAAUGUGAGUGGUGGCGGAGGAGCUCGAGGAGAACUUGUCAUCAUGUGGGAGCCGGUUUCAGAGGAACAGCAGAGCGGAGAGGACUUUGGCUACGUUGUGGCUUUCCGCCCACUAGGCAGCAGCACCUGGGUCCAGACAGUGCUGGUGUCGCCUGAUGCAUCGAGAUAUAUAUACAGAAACGAAAGCAUCGCUCCUCUGUCCCAGUUUGAAGUGAAAGUGGGAGUCUACAACAGCAUGGGAGAGGGGCCGUUCAGCCGGAUCCUGACCGUUUUAUCCGCAGAAGAAGAGCCCUCGGAGGCGCCAUCCAGAGUAUGGGCCCGUGCUGUGUCAGCGUCUGAGAUCGAGGUGUACUGGGAGCCCAUUGCCCCCGGGUCAAGCAGCGAAAAGAUCAUUGCAUAUGAGGUUCUCUUCUGGGAGGAAGGGUCUGAGCAGAGUGAAGCGGAGGCAGCGAGGGUUAUUGACACCACGGCUCUGCUCUCCGGCUUGAAGGGCAGCUCAGCCUAUCAGAUCGCAGUCAGAGCCCAGAACAGCGCCGGCCUCGGACCCUGCAGCCGCGCUCUCAACAUCACCACCAAGAAACCACCUCCAAGUCAGCCUCCGGGGAAUAUUGAGUGGAACCUGAGCAACUCUAAGAUCUUUCUGAAUUGGGAACAUGUGAAAGCGAUGGAAAAUGAGUCUGAGGUGACGGGAUACAAGGUGGUGUAUCGUCAGAAUUGGCACAGCAGGACUUCUGUACUGGAAACCAAUAAGACCAGUGUGGAGCUCCACAUCCCCUCCGGAGAGGACUACCUCAUUGAGAUCAAAGCUCUGACUGAAGGGGGCGAUGGCACCAGCAGCGGGCCCAUUCGCAUACCAAAGAUGUCCAGUCUGAACUCAAAAGGGUCCGUGUGUGAAGUUCCGAUGAAGAUUUGCAGUUUUAUGAUGUUUCCUGUAUUUGUAAUGUUCAUUAUGUAGCUUCUAUGCCUCUAUAUCCAGCUCUGGGCUCUAGAAUGAAUAUAGUUUAUAGUUCUCUACACGUCAGAUGUAUGGAAUAAGAAGGUAACUUGACAGUCUUUCAACCUCUGGUUUGUAAAUGAAAACUGGACGAUGUGUGUGUUCUGACAGGUUGUCAAAUGUCCACAAAAUGUGUCUGGACUACUCACAGGCAAGAGCACAGUUACAAAACAUUUUCAUCUGCCUAUUUUCAGGACCAUUGCAACCCUCCAGGAUGUAUGAGUUUGAUAAACGUGGGGAUAUGAGUUUCUUAUCUAUUUCAGUCUCCCCCUUUCACUGUCUGUUUCCACCUAUUUUGCCAAGUUAUUUCUUGGCUUGCUGUGACCUCUGAAUGUUACAGACCAAAUUGGCUUUAGCAUAUUUCUCAAAACAUCAGAAACAGGUAGAGGAUCUAAUGUUCUGUCUAUAUUCGUAGAAAGCCGUAAGCUAGCAACUAACACCAUUGAAAGAUUCAAGAUUCAAAGGCUUUAAUGUCAUAUGCACACGAGCUACAGUGUAGAAAUGGCAAU